CCAACUUGCUUUAGCACUUGCCGUUUACUACAACUUCCUGGCUUUGCUCUCAGUGAGCCAACUACUAUCGAUGUCGGGGGAUAAUCAGCCCUCUAUCCUAGACCAGCUCGAUGCCGCCGUCCCCCUCGCGCGUUUCGACGCAUUUCCAAAACUUCCUUCAACCUACAAAGCCCGCUCAGAAUCUCGCGGCUUCUUCACUCUUUUUGUCGCUCUCAUCGCAAUCCUACUUGUUUUAAAUGAUAUUGGAGAGUAUAUCUGGGGAUGGCCAGAUUAUGAAUUCAGCAUAGAUACUCAGGGCCAGUCCCAUUUGAAUCUAAACGUUGAUAUGGUUGUCAAUAUGCCUUGUCAGUAUCUUAGUGUGGACUUGCGUGAUGUAGUCGGCGACCGCCUAUUCCUAAGCAAUGGGUUCCGUCGGGACGGUACUCGUUUUGAUACUGGUCAAGCGACAACUCUCAAGGAACAUGCCAAAGCUCUUUCUGCCCGCCAAGCAGUCUCGCAAUCCAGAAACUCGCGAGGAUUCUUCUCUUGGUUCCACCGUGCUGAACCUGAAUUUCACCCUACGUACAAUUACGAGACGGAUGGAAGCGCAUGCCGAAUCUAUGGCUCCCUCCAGGUCAAGAAAGUGACUGCGAAUUUGCACGUUACAAUGCUCGGGCAUGGCUAUAAUAGUCACAUUCAUGUGGACCACAAUAAAAUGAACUUAUCCCAUGUUAUCACCGAGUUUUCGUUUGGUCCAUACUUCCCGGAUAUCGCUCAACCCCUUGACUAUUCCUUCGAGAUUGCCAAAGAUCCGUUCAUGGUGUUUCAAUACUUCUUGCAUGUAGUUCCGACUACUUACAUUGCUCCCCGGAGUCCACCUCUCGACACCAAUCAAUACAGUGUAACUCACUACACCCGUAAGCUCGACCUCCAUGAAGGAGUCCCCGGUAUUUUCUUCAAGUUCGAUCUCGACCCAAUGGUUAUCACCAUCCACCAGCGCACGACCACGUUGGUACAAUUCAUAAUACGUUGUGUUGGUGUCAUCGGUGGCGUUUUCACCUGCGCUACGUAUUUCGUACGUGUCGCCAUUCGCGCAGCGGACGCCGUCUCAGGGGCAGAUACCACGCCGGGGAUUGUAGCCGCAGAAGCUACCGGCGUGAAACGAAAAUGGGCCGGUGGACAGUUGCGUGUACGUUCCGCCGCCCAGAACUCGGGGAACGUCGUCAGACAAGGCGCAGGCUGGGUCGUCGAGGGUUCAUCUUCGCCGUACGCAUCCUAUGCAAACACACCCGCCUCAGCCGGAUUCGCCACCCAAAGUCCAUAUCCAUAUUCACCAUAUUUGUCUCCACCUACUCUGUCUGGGAGUGCGAGCGUCCCACCAACCCCGGGAACAGGCGUUGGACUUGGCUUCGCUGGGUCGGCAUUUGGCCCGCCGCCGAGUGGAAGGGGGCAUAGGGCGGGGAAGUCGGUUAGUAUUUCACGAAGUGUUAGUGGAGGGCUUAGUUCGCCCUUCCCGCCUCCGUCGCCGCUUCCGUCUCCGGCCGUGGGACCACCACCUUCGGCUAAGAAGGACGAUUAACGCGGGAGGUCUUUAGUAGCGGUACUAUGUACUACUUUUGAGAGGUUCUGGUCACGCAGAGAGUUAGUUGCCAAUAUCAGCUCAUCACCGAUAUUUGAAGACAUCA